UUAUCUCCCGGUAGCUACAUGUCGACGAUCAUUAUGAAUGGUCAACGACAACUUCAUUAAUUUCUCCAAGAAACUGGCAAUUUGUAUCCGAGAAAAUGGGUUCACAUGCCAAAUCAUGGCUCGUUGAAGACGAGAACGCUAGAGAAAUGCUAGAAAGGGUCCUAACGGCGCGACCCUUUUUGCUACUUCCCCCGCUUCACAGGGUUCCUCUACGCGUCGGUAACACUGUUGAGCUCGUAGGCCCGUCUUCUUCUUCGAAAACCCACAUCUUAAUCCAGGCCGCCAUCACUUGUAUCCUCCCCGAACAGUGGAACGGAGUCAUCUACGGCGGAUUGGGGCAAUCGGCGAUGUUCAUUGACUUGGAUUGUCGUUUUGAUGUUUUACGUUUCUCGGAAUUGCUAAACCGUAGAAUCACGGAAGCGGGAUCAAGCUGUAAAGUAGAUUGUAACAAAAUGGACUCUGAAGCUCAAUUUGCAAGAAUGAAACAUUACAAUGAGGAAUUGUUUGCGUUGUGCAUGAAACGAUUUCUGUACAUCCGUUGUUAUGAUAGUUCUGAGUUUCUUGCCACUCUCAAGACGUUACACUAUCGGCUUCAAAAGGAUAGGGACACGCAUGGUCUUAAUGUUCAUUUGCUGUUGAUUGAUAGCAUUGGAGCAUUUCAUUGGCUAGAUCGUGGUUCAUCAUCUUUUUCACUGAAGGGUGAUAAUAGGAAAAGCUGGAAUAUUCAAAAUGUAUCCGAAGCAGUGGUUCAGGAGAUUAGAAGGCUCCUAUCAUUGCAUCCCAUGCUUGUGAUGGCUACAAAAGCAGUUGUCUUAGGCAACAAGUAUUCAACGAAUGAGUUAACACGGAAUUACGGAAAAUGGCCUGCAGUGGAUAACCCAUAUUCAAGAAAUGUAACAAGUAGUGACCAGCAACUUCCAUAUCGCGAGUAUAUGCCUGUUGUUUGGCAGUCUUUUGUAACACACAGGAUUCUCGUACAAGCUACAGAUGAUGAUUCGGUUAAUGAUGGGUAUCCAAAUGGUUCCGUGUAUCUAUUAGAAUGGUUGAUGCCACCAGUGAGUUCCUUGGACAAAUUCACAGUGACAGAUAUUGGUUUGUUCAUUCUUUCUUGAACUUGUUUACUGGGUUACAUAACUUCAGCAAAUGGUUCUCGGCAACUGGAGUGUAGAAUUGGACUUAUCGGGUUCAGUCUAAUUGUAUUAUAUGGGACUCGGGUGAUUGUUGGAACCUGAAAACCGUGUACGAUACUUUCUUUCUACCAUCGAAGCAAAGCAGCCAAGAAUUGAGGGUGUUGCACAGAAGCAAAUGACCCUAUGUUUUCUGGGGCUGCAUCCAUCACCAUUUUCACCGAGUGAGUUUGUCUUCCUUCCUGCACAUUCUCUCCCUCUGUCGAGCCACUUUCUCGAUGCGGUCUUCGUGGUUUAGGGCAGGAACAUGAUUAGAGUGUUUCGCUCAUUAAUGACAUCAUUCCUCCAAUGAAGAUCUUGUUCGUUCUUGCUGUUUCGAUAGUUGGUAGCCGUACCUUUGGAAGGGUAAUGCACCACCUCCGACCCUGGAACUCAUGCGGACAUGGUGGUUCGGUUAUUAUGUUGCAUGUUCUUUUUCUUCAUCGUUCUUAUGUUGUUAUGUUCCCGGGUUGGUCCGGAUUCUUACUCUUUCAGGGUAUUUUAUUAGAGCUGUUAUGAUAAAGAGAA